UAUGACAACUGAAGCUUCGAUGUGCGUAUCGCAAAUGCAACGCAAUAGACCAUCACAGUCGCCGCCCGCCCGGAGAAAUUGUAUUGGAUUUUUACUUCCGGCUAUGGGCGGAGAGCCGUCAUUGAAGCUGUUUCCCAGAGUCAUCUGACCAAUCACGUGCGCGUUUAGCUUUCGCAGUAGUUGCCUUUUAGCUUUAUGGCUCAUUUGAGUAGGUAGAUAAGAUAACGUGAAGUGCGUCGGAAUGAAAUUAUCGCCCUGCAGCUCCCGUUUGGACUAAAUUGACGCUUUAUCUGCUUGUUUGUCUGUCCAACUGGGAAAUAUCAAUUGAUUUUCAACACAACUGAAAUGGCCAGCCAAGGGGAAGACGGUAAGCGACCGCUGCAAGGAGACAGCCAUGAUAACAAUUCCAGCACAAAACGAAGAAAAGUCCAUUUGGACGAUUCAAAACACAUCGCUGCUCUUAUUCUCGCCCGUGGAGGAAGCAAAGGCAUCCCUCUGAAGAACAUCAAGAUGUUGGCAGGCGUUCCCCUGAUCGGAUGGGUGAUCAGAGCCGCGCUGGACUCUGGUGUCUUUCAUAGUGUUUGGGUGUCCACUGAUCAUGAAGAUAUUGCGAAAGUGGCCAAGGCCUGGGGUGCUAAAGUGCACAAGAGGUGUCCAAGUGUGUCCAAAGACUGUUCAAGUUCACUGGAGGCCAUUCAGGAGUUCAGCAGUAAAUACCCAGAGGUGGAUAUCAUCUGUAACAUCCAGGCCACAUCUCCAUGUCUGCACCCUUACCAUCUCAAAGAGGCUCUUGAGCUCAUGACCCAUCAGGGCUUUGAAUCUGUCUUCUCUGUGGUCCGCCGACACCAUUUUCGAUGGCAAGAGGUCAAGAAAGGAGAGUGUCCCAUUACUGAACCGCUGAACCUGGACCCAUCUAAAAGGCCUCGCCGUCAGGACUGGGACGGAGAGCUGUGCGAAAAUGGCUCCUUUUACUUCACAACCAAAAAACUCGUAACAGAAGGGCUUCUUCAGGGUGGAAAAAUUACUUACUUUGAGAUGCUCCCAGAGUUCAGUGUGGAUAUUGAUGUUGACAUAGACUGGCCCGUAGCUGAACAGAGAGUGCUGAGGUUCGGUUACUUUGGGAAGGACAAACCUGAAGUUGUGAAGCUGCUGCUGUGUAACGUGUCAGGAUGUUUGACAGAUGGGCAGAUCCACAUAUCAGCAAAUGGAGAUGACAUGGUGUCCAUCAACACUAGAGACCAGACUGGCAUCAACAUGCUGAAGAAAGAAGGAGUAAAGGUUAUUUUGAUAGAACAAAACCCAAUUAAAAAAACCUUAGCUGACAAAAUCUACAAGUGGAUGGGCUGCGAAGUCCUUCGGGACGUGGAUGACAUACUGAAAAAGGUGGAGAAACUCAUGAAGAAGGACGGGCUGGAGUGGAAAGAAGUUGCGUACAUGGGGAACGAUGAGCCAGAUGUAAAGUGCCUGAGCCUGGCAGGGCUGAGUGCAGUACCCCUGGAUGCCCCUGUUGUGGCGCUCAAUGCUGCCAAAUAUUCCUGUCACUGCGCAGCGGGUCGCGGGGCCGUGCGAGAGUUCGCCGAACACAUCCUACUGCUGAAGAAAAAGGCCAAGUCUCAGAUGGAGCAGGACAGAAUUUCACGUAGUUCAGACAACAGUAUUCUGAAAAACUAAUUAAUUAAUUGUAUGUUAGGUGGGGAAAUCAACUGAUUGGGAGUGAUUAACUUAUUCAGAAACUUGGUGAGAAUGAAUCAGCAUUAAUCAGAGUAGAUGAGCAUGUUCGGCUGUCAGACAGUUGUUUUAAAGGGUAAAUAAACACUCUAAAAACCAACUUUUUUUUAGUUAAUGUGA